AUGUCAGAACCCCCAGUUUUGGAGCGGUUACCCGCCGGAACAGAACUUCAGGUCGGCUCCCACAAGGCGAAAAUCGUCAACUAUAUCUCCGCCGGCGGCUUUGCCCACGUAUAUCUGGUCCAGAUCAGCGAGAAGCCGGAGUUUGCCUGUCUCAAACGGGUGGUUGUGCCCAACAAACAGGGGCUCAAUCUGCUGCGCGCAGAGGUCGAGGUCAUGCAGCGGCUGGCCCAUUGCGACUACGUGGUCAAGUAUCUGGACUCGCACGCGUCAAGAGUGCCCAACAGCCACUGCUACGAGGUGCUGGUGUUGAUGGAAUUGUGUCCCAACAAGUCGCUGUUGGAUCACAUGAAUGCCCGGCUAAGCACCAAGCUGUCAGAGCCGGAAAUUUUGAAAAUCAUGCUGGACAUCUCGCAGGGAGUCUACGCGAUGCACAGACUGAAGCUGAUCCACAGGGACAUCAAGAUAGAGAACGUGCUGAUUGACGACAAAUACACGUUCAAGCUGUGCGACUUCGGGUCCACGUGUCCCGUGCUGCGUCCGCCACGCAACCACCAGGAGUUCCAGAUCCUCACAAACGACCUGCUGAGACAGACAACGCCGCAAUAUAGACCUCCAGAGAUGAUCGACCUGUACCGCGGACUGCCGAUCGACGAAAAAUCAGACAUCUGGGCUCUCGGCAUUUUCCUAUACAAACUAUGCUACUACAUCACACCUUUCGAGACGGCCGGCGAGCUGGCCAUCCUGCACAGUGCGUACCGGUUUCCAUCCGCACCGCGAUACUCGACUUCGCUGAAGAGUCUCAUCAACAUCAUGCUUCAGGAAAAUCCCGUGUACCGGCCCAACAUAUACCAGGUGACGGCUGAGAUCUGCCGCAUGAUGGACAUCGACGUUCCC